AUGGCGUGGCAGUGUACUGGUAGGUCCAACAUUCAGUUGAUCGAAAGCCUCUUCACUGCCGACCUCAUUAGGAGUGAAAGAGUGAAAAAUGCAAUGUUGAAGUCAAUUGGAUACGCAGCGACCAUCUCUGCCCCGCACAUGCACGCGCAUGCCUGCGAAUAUCUGCUACCUUUCCUCCGUCCCGGUGCUCGGGUUCUUGACAUUGGCUGCGGCUCGGGAUACCUCAGCCAUGUCUUCGCCGAGCUGAUCACGGAUGCCCCUGCUUCAGAUGGCUGUGUUGUUGGCAUCGACCACAUCCAGGGCCUCGUUGACUUGUCCCUAAAGAACUUAGCCAAGUCGGAAGAAGGUCGCAAAUUGCUCGACUCCGGAAAGAUCAAAAUCGUGAAGGGUGAUGGGCGCAAAGGCUGGGCUGAAGGCGGACCCUACGAUGCCAUCCACGUUGGUGCAGCAGCAGCAACGAUGCAUUCAGACCUGAUAGAUCAACUGCGAGCGCCGGGCCGGAUGUUCAUCCCAGUCGAUGCUGAACCUACCACUGGUAUGUUGGGAUAUCAAGGACAACAUGUGUGGAUUGUGGAUAAGGCGGAAGAUGGCUCUGUGAACAAGAAAAAAGUUUUCGGCGUCAGCUAUGUUCCUCUAACGGAUGCACCCGAGGAAUAG